CCUUCUUGUCCUCCUGUGUAAACGCGGGGUGAUGACGGCGCCAACAUCUUGGCGCUGUUGUGAGAGCGAAGUGGGCGCGUGAGCAGACGCCAGCCACAGUUGUCUUUGAGUUAUGUCGUCAUGAAGCCGGCGCUUUGCAGACACUGCCCAUCUCUAAGAUAAGAACCUGGAAAGAGGACUCUGUUGGCUGUUGGGAAAUUGCAGAGUAAUGUCUCAGGUGACAUUUAGUGAUGUGGCUAUAGACUUCUCUCAUGAAGAGUGGGGAUGGCUCGAUUCUGCUCAGAGGGACUUAUACAAGGAUGUGAUGGUCCAGAAUUAUGAGAACCUGGUCUCUGUAGCAGGUCUUUCCAUAACUAAGCCAUAUGUGAUCAUGUUACUGGAGGAUGGAAAAGAGCCCUGGAUGGUGGAGAAAAAACCGUCAAAAGGUAUGAUUCCAGAUUGGGAAUCAAGAUGGGAAAGCAAGGAAUUAUCAACAAAGAAGGACAUUUAUGAUGAAGAUUCACCCCAAACAGUAAUAAUAGAAAAAGUUGUAAAACAGAGUUAUGAAUUUUCAAAUUCUAAGAAGAAUUUGGAAUAUAUAGAGAAGUUGGAAAAGAAGCAUGGAAGUCAGGUAGAGCAUUUCAGACCAGCAGCUCUCACCUUUAGAGAAAGCCCCACUCCAGACAGUGUUUACACCUUUCAUUCAAAGUCUACUCUUUUUGAAACACAAAAAAUUUCUGCUGAAGGGAAUUCACACAAAUAUGAUAUAUUAAAGAAGAACUUACCAAAAAAGUCAGUUAUAAAAAAUGAGAAAAUCAGUGGUGGAAAGAAACUAUUGAAGUCUAAUAAAAGUGGGGCAGCCUUCAACCAGAGCAAAUCUCUUACCCUUCACCAAACUUGUAAUAGAGAGAAAAUCUAUAUAUGCAGUGAAUGUGGGAAAGCCUUUGGCAAACAGUCAAUCCUCAAUCGCCAUUGGAGAAUUCAUACAGGAGAGAAGCCCUAUGAAUGUCGUGAAUGUGGGAAGGCUUUUAGCCAUGGCUCAUCCCUUACACGACAUCUGAUAAGCCAUAGUGGAGAGAAACCUUACAAAUGUGUUGAAUGUGGGAAGGCCUUUAGCCAUGUGUCGUCACUUACUAACCAUCAGAGCACUCACACUGGAGAGAAACCAUACGAAUGUAUGAACUGUGGAAAGUCUUUUAGUCGUGUGUCCCAUCUUAUUGAACAUCUAAGAAUUCAUACUCAAGAAAAACUCUAUGAGUGUCGCAUAUGUGGAAAGGCCUUCAUUCAUAGGUCAUCUCUCAUUCACCAUCAGAAAAUCCAUACUGGAGAGAAGCCUUAUGAAUGUAGAGAAUGUGGGAAAGCUUUCUGCUGUAGCUCACACCUUACUCGACAUCAAAGAAUUCACACUAUGGAGAAACAAUAUGAAUGCAACAAGUGUCUCAAAGUCUUUAGUAGCCUCUCAUUUCUUGUUCAGCAUCAGAGUAUUCAUACUGACGAAAAACCCUUUGAAUGUCAGAAAUGCAGGAAAUCCUUCAACCAGCUUGAAUCACUGAAUAUGCAUUUGAGAAAUCACAUUAGAUUGAAACCCUACGAAUGCAGUAUAUGUGGGAAAGCCUUCAGUCAUAGGUCAUCCCUGCUUCAACAUCACAGAAUUCAUACUGGAGAGAAACCUUACGAAUGUAUUAAAUGUGGGAAAACCUUCAGCUGUAGUUCAAACCUUACUGUACAUCAGAGAAUUCAUACUGGAGAAAAGCCAUAUAAAUGUAAUGAGUGUGGGAAAGCUUUUAGCAAAGGCUCAAAUCUUACUGCCCAUCAAAGAGUACAUAAUGGAGAGACACUCAAUAAUGUGGUAAGUGUGGAAAAGCCUUUAGACCAUGUGAAUCACUAUACGUGUGAGAAACCUUACAGAAGAGAAACUAUAUGAAGCAGUGUUUAUCAUGGUAGUUUUCAUUCCUAGAUUCUCCCUUAUUUAACAUUAGAAAAAUUUAUACUGGCGAAAGUCUUAUGAAUGUGGUCACUAUAGGAAGACUUUUUAGCAAAGAUGUAGGCCUGUUUGUUUGUCAGACAUUAUACUGUAGGGAAAUCAUAUGAAGACCAUACGUGUGGGAAAAUCUUUGUCAGUAUUAAUCCCUUAAUUGACAUAAGUGUACUCACACUAGGAAAAAACCCUGUACAUGUAGCAAAUGUGGGAAAGACUAUAGGCAAUGGGAAUCUUUUACAAACACCUAUAGGAGAGAAGCUGUAUGAAUGUAGAAAAUUUAGAAAUUGAGGGAAGUCUUCAGUUCCAAGUGUAUCCCUUAUUCUACAGCAGAGAACUCAAAAUGGAGAGAAAUCUCAUUUAAGAGAUGUAGCAGAGUGUUCACUAAGAGUGUUUAUCUUGCUACACAUCAGAAGAUUAAUGGUAGAACAACCUGAAUGAUUUAGGAAUUAUGUGUAAAUCUUUGCAGUCAUGCUAUUUGUAAACUGGAUUCUACAGGAGAGCAAAUAAAUAUUAUAAUAAAAUAUGCAUUUCUUAGAGCAGUAGCUUGCAGUUUCAGUUGAGUUAUACUUAGAAAUUCUUUUUAGCUAGUGGACAUGUGAAGAUAUUUAGUCACCCAGAGGAGCCAGUAAGUGUUAUAAUGUUGAAAAUUAAAGCUGCAAAAGAAAUAAAGUGAUGUUAAUAAAAGUUUUGCCAUCUAAUAAAAUCAUUUUGUAUAUCAU